UGAUAUUUGUGUAUAAAGAGAUUGCGUGUGUGUGCGCCGCCGCCAUUCUGCGACUGUCUGUCGACUACUCGUCCUGAACGUGCGUCAGUCCUGCGUCGAACUCGUCGGCCAUCAUGAGUCGUGGUACCGGUAACAUCCUAAGCAGCGCCGAUAUCCUGCUCGGCAAUGUGUCGGGCUCGUCCUGGCAGCAAACCAGCCGAUCCGGCGGUGGGGGGAUGAUCAGCAGCAGCUACUCCCUGGGAGGGGGCGGCGGCGGCGGCGGUGGCGGCGGCUUCGGCGGCGGCCGAGGAGGGGGAGCCAGCAUGGCCUUGGUCCCUGCCGGCCGUUCCUCGGCGUCCUUUUCCUCGUCGUCUAUGAGCUUCAGCGCCGGCGGUGGCGGCUACGGCGGCGGCGGCGGUGGAGGCGGCGGCAUCAGCGGCAUGUGGACGGAGGAGAAGCCGACCAUGAGGGGGCUGAACGACCGUCUCAGCACGUACCUGGCCCGUGUGCGAGCCCUGGAGCAGGCCAACGCCGCCCUGCAAGAGCAGAUCAACGCCGCGUCGGGGCUGGGGGGCAGCGACGCCGACGCCUACGACUGGCAGCCCGACCUGGACGCCGCCAGAGAAGCCCUGCUCAAGGCUAACCUGGAGCGCGCCCGCGUCGAGAUUGAGAGGGACUCCUACGCGCUGGAGGUAGAGCAAUGGAGGGGCAAGCUGGAGAGGGAGAUGGAUCUCCGCGCUGAUCUGGAGGCCGACAUCAACGCCCUGAAGAGGGAGAUGGACGAGGCUAACAUGGCCAAGGUCGACCUGGAGGGCCAGAUUGAGGGCGCCAAGAGCGAGCUGGAGUUCAUGAAGCAAGUUCACGAACAGGAAGUGAAGGAGCUGCGUGACCGUAUCCAGGGUGCGGGAGCCGUGGACAUCCAGAUGGGCCAGUCCAGCUCCCAGGACCUGGUGGCCGCACUCAAGGCCAUCCGUGAGGAGUACGAAGAGAUCGCCAGGAAGAACAAGGAGGAUGUCGAGAGGCAGUUCGAGAAGAAGGCCGAAACUGUGAAGCAGGAGGCUUCCCAGAACGUGGAGGCGGCGUCCGUGGCCAAGUCUGAGGUGAAGGAGAUGAAGAGUCAGGUCCAGGGACUCAUGGCGGAGCUGGAGGCCCUCAAGGCCAUGCAACGCUCACUGGAGGAGCAGAUCGCCGACGCCGAGAUGAACAACGCCCAGGCUCUGGAGAGCAAGCAGCUGAUCCUGGAGCAGCUCAAGCAGGAGAUCGCCCGUAUGAAGGGAGAGAUGUCAUCCACUCUCAAGAGUUACAACGACAUGAUGAAGACCAAGUUGGCUCUGGAGGAGGAGAUCAGCAUCUACAACAACCUCCUGCAAGGAGAAGAAGGCCGUUUCUCUAGCAUUGGGAACUGAUAUACGCCUACAACGUGCAGCAGCUUUGAUAAGUAAGAAGUCAAGAUGGCGGCUGCUCCACGUCCCAGCAUGGCGGACAGGCUAAGAAAAUACCCCGGAUGAAAGGAGCCAAUCGCAGUUGAGCACAUCUCAUCAUCUCAUCUCAGCAACCGAUUCAGACUCUUUCGCAGUGUAUGUCUUUUCUUAUAGAUUCUUAUGACCUUUGUCACUUGUCGUUUGACACUACACUCGUUCUUUUUGUUCUUUUUAACAUUUAGAUCUCUCUUUUUUUGAUAAUAAAUGAUACGUUUGUCUUUGGAACGAUUUGAUGUGACGAGUAAAGAAUGUAUAUGGAGUCGUUUGGAUCAAAGGUCAUUGAAUGUAACUGAGUAAAAAGUAGGCAGACCGGUUAAUACCAUAGCAACGAGCGGUUGCCGUGCAAUUUGGUAUCGUUAUAAUGUCAAAUGGGCGUGUGUACGAUCUAUAGCAAAGCGUUUGUGUUUGACAGUGGAAAGACUUGUGAUAUGUGUAAUCAUUUAUAAAAUUUCAUUCUUUGUUGCUUCUUCUUGCGAAUAAAUUGGCCAACAUUCCGAAAA